UACUCACUGCACUGUUUCCAAGAGCGCAGCGCUGCACCAUGACUCUCCACUGGACUUAAACUAUAAGGAUUUUCCGUCUUUACGCACUAAACUGACGUCCACCGCUAUAUUUACCGAGAGAGAAACCAAGUUUGUCAAAGUUGUCCACUUGCUUUCCAAGAUGCCACGCUCCUUUCUGGUCAAGAAACACAUAAACUCCGCAAAGAAGCCAAACUAUAGUGAGUUGGAAUGCCCAACAGUUUUCUUCACGCCGCACAUCUACAAGGGCCUGCCCCUGCCUGUCAUCCCCCAGCCGGAGAUCCUGAGCCCGGCAGCGUACAGCCCCAUCACCGUGUGGACUACCAGCAGCCUGCCGCUGUCCCCGCUCCCCAGUGACCUCUCCCCCAUCUCUGGAUACCCCUCGUCGCUCUCCGACACCUCAUCCAAGGACCAUAGCGGCUCCGAGAGCCCGAGGAGCGAUGAGGACGAGCAGAUGCUCCCCAAGCUGACGGACGCGCACGGAGUUGAGGCAGAGAAAUUCCAGUGUGGUCUGUGCAGCAAGUCCUACUCCACGUACUCUGGACUGCUCAAGCACAAACAGCUGCACUGCGACGCCCAAACGAGGAAAUCCUUCAGCUGCAAAUACUGCGAGAAGGAGUACGUGAGCCUCGGAGCUCUCAAAAUGCACAUCAGGACUCACACUUUGCCUUGUGUUUGCAAAAUAUGCGGGAAGGCUUUCUCCAGACCGUGGCUGCUCCAAGGACACAUCAGGACGCACACCGGAGAGAAGCCGUUCUCCUGCCCUCACUGCAACAGGGCGUUUGCGGACAGGUCCAAUCUCAGGGCGCACCUACAGACCCAUUCAGAUGUGAAAAAAUACCAAUGCAAGAACUGCUCCAAAACCUUCUCCAGGAUGUCUCUUCUGCACAAGCAUGAGGAAUCUGGUUGUUGUGUAGCACACUGAACUGGGAUACUUUUCCACCACCAGAGAAAAAAAGAAAAACUCCUCUGUUGCUUCUUUUUUUUCCAAGCCCAAUUGGAGAACUGUCAGGAAAUCACAU